CACCCUCCCUCGCAACCCUCCUUGGACCCUUCCUCCCGCUACCCACCAUGUCGUCCCUCUUUGAUGCCGUGCUGCAGUCCGAACUGGGCUCCACGGCCGGCAACCAGCGCCUUCAUUCCGAUCAGAUCCCCAGCUCCCGACCACAGCCGCCCUCCGAGAGCAAUGGCCCCAUGAGUGACAUGCAUGCCUUCCCCGACGACCAGGUCGCCGACUCCAAUGCCUCCACCGUGAGCCGACUGCGGAAUCCCUACCUCCCCGGCCCGCCCCCCGUCACCGAUGUGGCCGGUGAGAAGGUGCAGCAGGCCUUCGCCGAACUGCUGGAAACCUAUCGGGAGGAAACACCCUUGUCGUCGCAGCCACAGUCGUCGGAGGUCCGGAGCGACAAAUACUACAUUGCCCAGAUCCACGGCAUGUCCAAAUUCGACCUGUCCACCCUCUACAUCGACUUCACCCACCUGACCUCGAUGAGUAGUCCGAUCCUGGCGGACGCGAUCGCCAACCAAUACUACCGAUUCCAGCCCUUCUUGACCAAGGCCCUCCACGAUCUCAUCGCCAAGUAUGAGCCGGAAUAUUUCGCCGCCCACCGUCAGGCCACCACCGCAGGCAGCGUGUCGUCGCAGGCCGGCACGUCCAUGAUCGCGGGCAACUCGAGUGUGUCCGACAACCCAGAGUUGGAGCGCAAUAUCCGGGAGAAAACAAGACAUCAGCAGACGGACAAGCUCUUCUCGCUGGCUUUCUACAACCUCCCUCUGGUGUCCCGUCUGCGCCAGCUUCGCACCUCGCAGAUCGGGAAGCUGGUCUCCGUAUCGGGUACCGUCACGCGCACAUCGGAAAUCCGACCGGAACUGUCUCUAGGAACCUUUAUCUGUGAGGAGUGCAAGACCGUCGUCACCAACGUGGAACAGACCUUCAAGUACACCGAGCCCUCGCAGUGCCCGAACAACACGUGCGGUAACCGCUCCGGUUGGCGGUUGGAUAUCGGCAAGAGCACCUUCAUCGACUGGCAGAAGGUGAAACUGCAGGAGUCAUCGCAUGAGAUCCCGACUGGCAGCAUGCCUCGGACCAUGGAUGUCAUUCUUCGCGGUGAGAUGGUUGACCGUGCCAAGGCUGGUGAGCGGUGCAUCUUCACGGGUACUUUGAUCGUGGUCCCGGAUGUGAGCCAAUUGGGCCUCCCUGGUGUCCGACCGGAGGCGGUUCGCGACGAAGGCGCCUUCCGGGGAAGCGAAAUCGGCGGCGGAGGCGUCUCGGGACUGAAGGCUCUUGGCAUCAAAGACUUGACGUAUCGGUUGGCCUUCCUUUCUUGCAUGGUUACCCCCGACACGACCACGCCGGGCCAGCAGUCCAACCAGCAGCUGAAUGGCCAAUCUCACAACAUCCUGGCUUCUCUGAACCAGAACCGGGACCCCGAAGCCAACGAAGACCAAGCCCAGGAGGCCCUUCUCCAGAGCCUGACGCCGUACGAGGUCCAGGACUUGAAGAACCUGGUUCACUCCGAAUACAUCUACUCCCGGUUAAUCGACUCUCUCGCUCCUAUGAUCUACGGCCAUCGUCAAAUCAAAAAGGGAUUGCUGCUGCAGCUUAUCUCGGGUAUCAGCAAGUCUACGGAACAGGAGAGCCUGCAGCUUCGUGGUGACAUCAACAUUUGCAUUGUGGGUGACCCGUCAACCAGUAAGAGUCAAUUCUUGAAGUAUAUCUGCUCGCUGCACCCUCGUGCGGUCUAUACCAGUGGUAAAGCUUCGUCUGCCGCCGGUUUGACGGCGUCCGUUGUCAAAGAUGCCGAGACAGGCGAAUUCACGAUUGAGGCUGGUGCCCUGAUGUUGGCUAACGGAGGCGGUAUCUGUUGUAUCGAUGAGUUCGACAAGAUGGAUAUUGCUGACCAGGUCGCCAUCCACGAAGCCAUGGAGCAGCAGACUAUUUCCAUCGCGAAAGCGGGUAUCCACACCACCCUCAAUGCUCGGGCGUCGAUUCUCGCCGCUGCGAACCCCAUCGGAGGACGGUACAACCCGAAGACCACGCUACGUGGCAACCUUAACUUCAGUGCUCCCAUCAUGAGUCGAUUCGACCUGUUCUUCGUGAUCCGAGACGACCCCAAUGAGAGUGUGGACCGCAAUCUGGCCGACCACAUUGUUAAUGUUCACAUGAACCGGGACGAGGCCGUCCACCCGGAGCUCAGCACCGAACAACUGCUACGCUACAUUCGGUUCGCACGCACAUUCAAGCCCGUCUUCACCGAGGAGGCCAAGGCCUAUCUGGUUGAGAAGUACAAGGAGCUUCGCGCCGGCGACGCUCAAGGAGGAAUGGGCCGCUCCUCGUACCGCAUCACCGUCCGACAGCUCGAGUCUCUGAUUCGUCUUUCGGAGGCUGUUGCCAAAGCGAACUGUGUGGAGGAAAUCAUCCCCAGCUUUGUGAAAGAAGCCUACGACCUGCUCCGCCAGAGCAUCGUGACUGUCGAGAAAGACGACGUCGAGGUGGAAGACGACGAAGCCGCAGUGGAAGAUGGUGUUGCUGCCGAAGAGGACCACGAGAUGGGGGAUCGUGAUCGCGAGGGCGACAGCCCCAUGCGCGAAGACGGGGAGCCAGCACAGCCCCAGCGGACAAGGACGAAGAUCACGUAUGACAAGUACAUGAAGAUCUUGAACCUCAUGGUGCGUCGUGUCAGAGAUGACGAAUCCAAGUCCGGUGAGGGUGUUGAACAGGAGGACCUUCUUGUGUGGUACCUGGAGCAAGUUGAGUCUGAAAUCGACACGGAGGAAGAUCUACAGAACGAACGCUCUCUGGCUGUGAAGGUGUUGAAGCGGAUGAUCAAGGAUAAUAUCUUGAUGCCCAUCCGCGGCGAGGGUCUGGUGGAUGCCGGUGAAGACGGCCAAUCUUCACGGACGGUCUAUGUGAUGCAUCCCAACUGUGCCAUUGACGAGAUGUAAUUUCUGUUUGGUGUUUCGGGUUCGGGCAAGGUAAAUCUUGGGCGAUGGUGGUUAUGAGUGAUGAUAUCCGUCUUUGAUCUUUGAGUUGAACUUUCCUGUGCAUGUCUCGUGAAGUGUAAUAUUUUUUUUAUAGACCGCGAGGUCUGGAGUGCAUGUGUUCUUAGUAUAUUUUCUAAUCCACAUGAGCAUGACCAUUUU